GAGCUCUGGGUCCCUGAGAAUCCGGCGUGGGCCUGGGAUUCCGAAUCCGCUUCCGCCCAGGAUCCUGGGCACCUGACCUCCACAAGCGCUUCCAACUUCUGCCGCGCACAGCAUCCGCAUCCGCAUCCGCGGCACCAAAUUAACGUCUAUACACGAUGAGCACCAGCGAAGCAAGCGGCCACGGAAGUGGAAUCCGGAAUCUGAAUCGCAAUGGGAAUGGAAACGCUACUGGAAAUGGGAAUGGAAAUCUCAGUCUGAUGCAGGACCUGCAGCAGAAGUACGCCUUCCUCGAGAAUCUAUUCAGCAAGUUCUGGAAGUCCAUCAUCCAGACGAAUUCCAAUCUCAAGCUGCAGCUGCGCAAUGUCAAGUGGAAGAAUGCCAAGGCGAAGCCCGGUUGUGCCUACCAGCCAACUGAGAUCGAGCAGGUGGCCAAUGUGAUUACCCACGGCAUUUGGAUACUGCCCGCCGUGUUUGCGGCCAUCAAGCUGUUCGAGCGCUCAUCCAGCGCCGGGCAGUAUCUGGUUUCCUGGGUCUACGGCGGCGCCCUGUGCAUGCUCUUCACGGUGUCCACCUUCUUCCACUGCUCCUGCUACUGCGCCGAGCACAAACCACCGAGGAAUGUGAAGGCGUGGCCCUGUCUCGGCUGGCAGACGUACCAGGGUCUGAAGAACGUGCUGCAUCGCUGCGAUAGGGCCAUGAUCUAUGUGUUCAUUGCCGGGUCAUAUUUUCCCUGGCUAACGCUGGAGAACACCGACCACUCGGCCAUACUCUUCUGCAUGGAAUGGGUCAUCUGGCUGAUGGCAGGCAUAGGAAUUGCCUACCAGCAGGUCUUCCACGAGCGCUACAAGUGUCUGGAGACAUUCUUCUACCUGGUGAUGGGCUUGGGACCCGCUCUAGUUGUUGUAUUCACUGGCCACCACUUCCAUGGGAUGAUGCAGCUAAAGUUCGGCGGCGGCUUCUACAUACUGGGCAUUGUGUUCUUCAAGGCGGACGGUACGAUACCCAUGGCCCAUGCCAUUUGGCAUCUGUUUGUGGUGCUGGCCGCCGGAUGUCACUACUAUGCCAUCCUGGUUAACCUUUAUCCCAGCGAUGUUGUCACAGCACCGUGAGCGAAUGCGAUAAAGCAAAUGUUGGGGAAAAAGCAGCGAAUUUAGAGCUUAGAGUACUUAACGACAGGGAUUCGAUGUUGUCAGCCAUGUGUAACGUAUUCCUAUGAUGUACCCAAUGUACCCGAGUCUCUGCUCCACAAUUAGCCAAAUUUUAUUCGAGCGAGGACGCCUAGCCUAGUUGUAGCCAUUAGCAUUACGAACUAAAACUAAAUCGAAACGAUUCUUGUGAUCAGUAUCUGCGGUCUUGCCAAAGAUUCAAAUUGUGCGAGUGCUCAUGUCUCUCCCUCCCUCUCUCUCUCUCCCACCCUUCGAUUUUACUUGAUAUUAUUAGCUAUAUUCAAAUAUUUACUAACCAUAACAGCUCCCGUUGUGGCCAUGUGUUGCUCAAAAGACUUUGAUACGUACUCAAAAGGCAAAGGUCACGAAUAAUAUUGAACUUGUACAAAUAUCCGACAGAGUUUUGCGAUCUGAAUUUCCUCGCGCCUUUUGAACACUAGAAGCCCGCCUAGCCCCGCAUAACAUUAUACAUGUUUAUACAGAUUAUACAGAUUAUACUAUAUACGAUAUAUAUAUACCAUAUACCAUAUACACAUCUAGAUAGAAUUAAGAGGGCGUGCCGAUCCGCGAGCCCAGCCCCUUUGGCCAGUUUCAUUGGCGAGCUCAGGGACAAAAUCGAUGUGUUCGCAGAUGCUGAAGAAGGUGAUUUACAAAUUUACACAUACGCUUGAUAUUUUGGGGCCUGGCUCGCUCGAUCGGCGGAUAUUGCUUGUGUGUACUACUCGUAUUUAUGGUGCAGAUCUAUUAGUUGUAAUGGCGUUAAUUCUAGAGCUGAUGGCCUCUAAUAAAUUGUUUAUUUCCAAA